UUUUUUCGUUGGCUCAUUCAGUUUUCUGCUAGCGGAAAGAACAGUGUUGAAAUAUCGGAUCUCUUGAAAGUUCUUUUCAAUUUGUGGUGAAGCAACAAAAGAAGUUGAAUUUUUGUGAGCGCAGUAAUUUCUAUCAAACGUAUAAUCUAUAAUAUUCGAGGAUGCAGAUCUUCGUCAAGACAUUGACCGGUAAAACCAUCACUUUGGAGGUUGAGCCUUCAGACACCAUCGAGAACGUUAAAGCCAAGAUCCAGGAUAAGGAAGGUAUUCCUCCAGAUCAACAGCGUCUGAUCUUUGCUGGUAAACAACUUGAGGAUGGUCGUACAUUGUCCGACUAUAACAUCCAGAAGGAAUCCACUCUUCAUUUGGUCCUGCGUCUCCGCGGUGGUAUGCAGAUCUUCGUCAAGACAUUGACCGGUAAGACCAUCACUUUGGAGGUUGAGCCUUCGGACACCAUCGAGAAUGUUAAAGCUAAGAUCCAGGAUAAGGAAGGUAUUCCUCCAGAUCAACAGCGUCUGAUCUUUGCUGGUAAACAACUUGAGGAUGGUCGUACAUUGUCCGACUAUAAUAUCCAGAAGGAAUCCACCCUUCACUUGGUCCUGCGUCUCCGCGGUGGUAUGCAGAUUUUCGUCAAGACAUUGACCGGUAAGACCAUCACGUUGGAGGUUGAGCCUUCGGACACCAUCGAGAAUGUUAAGGCUAAGAUCCAGGAUAAGGAAGGUAUUCCUCCAGAUCAACAGCGUUUGAUCUUUGCCGGUAAACAGCUUGAAGAUGGUCGUACAUUGUCCGACUAUAACAUCCAGAAGGAAUCCACCCUUCACUUGGUCCUGCGUCUUCGUGGUGGUAUGCAGAUCUUCGUCAAGACAUUGACCGGUAAGACCAUCACGUUGGAGGUUGAGCCUUCGGACACCAUCGAGAAUGUUAAGGCUAAGAUCCAGGAUAAGGAAGGUAUUCCUCCAGAUCAACAGCGUUUGAUCUUUGCCGGUAAACAGCUUGAGGAUGGUCGCACUUUGUCUGACUAUAAUAUUCAGAAGGAGUCGACUCUUCAUUUGGUCCUGCGUCUCCGCGGUGGUAUGCAGAUCUUCGUCAAAACAUUGACUGGUAAGACCAUCACUUUGGAGGUUGAGCCUUCGGACACUAUCGAGAAUGUUAAGGCUAAGAUCCAGGAUAAGGAAGGUAUUCCUCCAGAUCAACAGCGUUUGAUCUUUGCUGGUAAACAACUUGAGGAUGGUCGUACAUUGUCCGACUAUAACAUCCAGAAGGAAUCCACCCUUCACUUGGUCCUGCGUCUCCGCGGUGGUAUGCAGAUUUUCGUCAAGACAUUGACCGGUAAGACCAUUACUUUGGAGGUUGAGCCUUCGGACACCAUCGAGAAUGUUAAGGCUAAGAUCCAGGAUAAGGAAGGUAUUCCUCCAGAUCAACAGCGUUUGAUCUUUGCCGGUAAACAGCUUGAAGAUGGUCGUACAUUGUCCGACUAUAACAUCCAAAAGGAAUCCACCCUUCACUUGGUCCUGCGUCUCCGUGGUGGUAUGCAGAUCUUCGUCAAGACAUUGACCGGUAAGACCAUCACGUUGGAGGUUGAGCCUUCGGACACUAUCGAGAAUGUUAAGGCUAAGAUCCAGGAUAAGGAAGGUAUUCCUCCAGAUCAACAGCGUUUGAUCUUUGCCGGUAAACAGCUUGAAGAUGGUCGUACAUUGUCCGACUAUAACAUCCAGAAGGAAUCCACCCUUCACUUGGUCCUGCGUCUCCGCGGUGGUAUGCAGAUCUUCGUUAAAACAUUGACUGGUAAGACCAUCACUUUGGAGGUUGAGCCUUCGGACACUAUCGAGAAUGUUAAGGCUAAGAUCCAGGAUAAGGAAGGUAUUCCUCCAGAUCAACAGCGUUUGAUCUUUGCCGGUAAACAGCUUGAAGAUGGUCGUACAUUGUCCGACUAUAACAUCCAGAAGGAAUCCACCCUUCACUUGGUCCUGCGUCUUCGUGGUGGUAUGCAGAUCUUCGUCAAGACAUUGACCGGUAAGACCAUCACGUUGGAGGUUGAGCCUUCGGACACCAUCGAGAAUGUUAAGGCUAAGAUCCAGGAUAAGGAAGGUAUUCCUCCGGAUCAACAGCGUUUGAUCUUUGCCGGUAAACAGCUUGAAGAUGGUCGCACUUUGUCUGACUAUAAUAUUCAGAAGGAGUCAACUCUUCAUUUGGUCCUGCGUCUCCGCGGUGGUAUGCAGAUCUUCGUCAAAACAUUGACCGGUAAGACCAUCACUUUGGAGGUUGAGCCUUCGGACACCAUCGAGAAUGUUAAGGCUAAGAUCCAGGAUAAGGAAGGUAUUCCUCCAGAUCAACAGCGUUUGAUUUUCGCCGGUAAACAACUGGAGGAUGGUCGCACUUUGUCUGACUAUAAUAUCCAAAAAGAAUCCACCCUUCACCUGGUCCUUCGUCUUCGCGGCGGAAACUGAAUCAAAAAUUAUUAUUCAUCAGAUAUACUCCGACGUAGGUCGAGUCUCUUUAAUAUCCAAAUAUUCAACCUAUCAAUGAUCGAUGUUGUAAUUCAAGUAGAUGUUGAAAAAUUUCAGUUGUAGUUGAUGUGAUCCAGGAAAAAACAGCUUUGAUCAACAAUUCGCAUUCGAACGUUUGAGAAUAAAUUGUGAGGCAAUUCCUAAUAGACAACCAUGCCUUUGGCUUAAUAGAUAUACCUUCUGACUAGGAUGCUUUCUUUUUAUUCUUCAACAAAAUAUCGUGGUUGGAAUAAAUAAAAGAGAUAAAAGAUGUAA